ACAUUGCAUGUAUCUAUCUGUUCCCCAAUUUCAAAAUCAGGUUGGACUUAGCAGCAUUUUGAUGGUGAAGGGGAGUGAGUAUGACAACAUUAGACAAGUGCCUAAGCAGGAAAAUCUCUACGGCACGCUUCUGUCUGAAAAUGUGAUCGGAGUCAUCCACGACCAUUACGUUACCUUCUACCUUGACAUGACAUAGACGGCUCUGAGAAUUCCUUUGUCAAAGUUGCUAUCAAGGAGCAGGAAACUUCUCCUGGGGAAUCACCUAGAAGAAGCUACCUCAAAGCUGUUAGAAAUGUGGCCAAGAUUGAGAAAGAUACACCGAUUCAGCUCAAGCUCUACGAUACCUCUGAGUUCCAUGUCGUCAACCCUGCCAAAAAGACAUUGGUCGGAAAUCCUGUAGGGUACAAAGUGGUUCCGGCUGCCACUGCUAAUUAAUGGUUAGAUUCUUCUAUGUAUCAUUCCAUACACUUCGAGAGACUUGUCGGUUAACUAUGAUGUCGGCCAUAGAAUAUUUAUUCCUGACAAUGAUCUUACCCUGCUGAUCAAGCUCAGCAU